GGCGGGGUCCCGGCCCUUUGGACCACGAAGCCCCGGACCAACAGCGCUGGGCACAGAGUCGUCAUCAUCAUGUGCAAAGUUCAGGAUCAUCGAGGCAGAAGAGCAGGGGUGGGACCCCCCGGCCUGUGGAAGAGGCCCAUCCGAGGGUCGGAUCGCCCUUUGACCCCUGGGCUCCAUCGGCCUCCCCCCCAAGGAAACCCCCCAACUCACGGGAAGAUGGGAGUGCAGGACCAGGGCCUGGUCUAUCUCAUCACCGGGGGCUGCGGUUUCCUCGGGGGGCACCUGGUGAACAUCUUGUUGGAGAAGGAGCCCAGGCUGAGGGAACUACGGGUGUUUGACCUGAAUCUAGAUCCUCAAAUGGAGGCGCUUAGUACAGGGCGGGUACGGGUGACCCUGAUCCCGGGGGACGUGACCCGCUCAGAAGAGGUGGCGGCCGCCGUGGCAGGAGUCGACGUCGUGAUCCACACCGCCGGCCUGGUGGACGUUUGGGGGAGGGUGCCCGCCGAGCGGAUCUUCUCGGUCAACGUUCAGGGGACUCAGAACGUGAUCGAUGCCUGCGUGGAGACGGGGACCCGCUAUCUGGUCUACACCAGCAGCAUGGAGGUGGUGGGACCCAACAGCAAGGGGGAUCCGUUCAUCAGGGGCAACGAGGACUCUCCCUAUGACGUGGUCCACAAAGAGGUCUAUCCCGUCAGUAAAAGCCAGGCCGAGCGGAUGGUCCUAGAGGCCAACGGGAGAACGGUCCGGGGUGGGCUGCCCCUCGUGACCUGCGCCCUGCGCCCCACGGGCAUCUACGGCGAGAAGCACCAGCUAAUGCAGGAGUUCUACCGGAACAGCCUGCUCACAGGCAAGCGCAUGUUCCGGAUGAUCCCCCCGGACGUGGAGCACGGGCGGGUUUACGUCGGGAACGUGGCCUGGAUGCACCUCCUCGCUGCCCGGGAGAUCCAGUCUCAGCCCAAGGUCCUGGGUGGAGAGGUCUACUACUGUUACGACGCCUCGCCCUACAAAAGCUACGAGGACUUCAACAUGGAGAUCUUGGGGCCCUGCGGGAUCCGGAUGGUGGGCUCUCGGCCCCUGGUUCCCUACUUCCUGCUCUUCCUGGUGGCCACCCUCAACGCCCUCCUGCAGUGGCUGCUGCGGCCCCUGCUGACCUUCGCCCCUCUUCUGAACCCCUACACCCUGCUCGUCUCCCACACCCCUUUCACCGUCUCCACGGACAAGGCUCAGCGCCACUUCGGCUACUCGCCGCUGUACAGCUGGGAGGAGGGCCGGAACCGCUGCGUGGACUGGCUGCGGAAGCAGACGAGGGAGACCGGCGGAGGAGAGGCCGGGGCCGUCUCGGAGCCCCACUGAGGUUCCAGACCCGGGGCUGAGCUCUGCCGGGCCUCACUGGGUUCUGGACACCGCUCCGCCCCGGCCCCCUGAAGUGCCGCAUCCAGUCUCCAGGAUGUCCCCGGCUCGGCCUUUUGAGAUCCGGAGGACCCUUAGUCGUUCUCUCCUUCCCCGGCCUCCCCGGGCGCAUUAGAGAUUUAAUGAUUUAC